UGUGUUCAGGAAACAUUUUGCAUUUUCUUGCACUAGAGUGUUCAUUGAAAACUUCCAAAAAGGAACAGCUAUCCACUUAAUCUUGAUGGUGAUCGCAAUUGGGUUUGAAGGUAGCGCCAAUAAGAUUGGCGUCGGAAUCGUCCGAGAUGGCGAAGUGUUGGCGAACGAGCGUGAAACAUACAUCACUCCGCCGGGUGAAGGUUUCCUACCCAAAGAAACUGCACAACAUCAUCGUUCCCGUGUGCUGGACAUUCUGAGACGUGCAUUGGAUGUGUCGGGUAUAUCACCCGCGGAAAUAGAUGUCGUGUGCUACACAAAAGGACCUGGUAUGGCACCUCCACUGAUAGUGGUGGCCAUCGUUGCGAGAACGGUGGCACAAAUAUGGAAUAAACCGAUCCUUGGUGUUAAUCACUGUAUCGGGCAUAUCGAAAUGGGACGGCUUAUAACGAAGGCUGCGAAUCCCACCGUACUGUAUGUGAGCGGCGGCAACACGCAGAUCAUUUCAUACGCCUGCAAACGCUACCGUAUCUUCGGCGAAACGAUCGACAUCGCGAUCGGCAACUGUCUCGAUCGGUUUGCACGCAUUAUUCACCUAUCGAACGACCCUAGCCCUGGAUAUAACAUAGAACAGAUGGCGAAAAAGGGCAAAAAUUAUGUACCUUUGCCAUACUCGGUGAAGGGCAUGGAUAUGAGCUUUUCGGGUAUACUAUCGUUUCUCGAACAGAAAGCCCGCCCGGAAAGGAAGCAUAAAAAGUUGCAAAAUAAAACGAACCCGGAAAAAUGGUCCGACGAAGAUUUGUGCUUUUCGCUACAGGAAACACUGUUCGCGAUGCUGGUUGAAACGACGGAACGUGCCAUGGCUCACACUGGUUCGAUGGAAGUGCUAAUCGUGGGGGGCGUUGGAUGCAAUGUGCGCUUGCAAGAGAUGAUGGGCAUUAUGUGCGAAGAGCGUGGCGCCAAGCUGUUUGCUACCGACGAACGAUUCUGCAUCGACAAUGGAGUGAUGAUAGCGCACGCUGGUUGGGAAAUGUUCCGCAGCGGUACACGAAUGGCAUGGAAUGAUUCGAGCAUAACGCAGCGGUUCCGUACGGACGAGGUGGAAGUCACGUGGCGAGAUGACUGAUCAGCGAAGAUUAUGAUUUCAUUUCAAAUAAAUGCACUAAAUGCUUAUAUA